AUACAUAGUGUGGUGCAUCAGUUUUAGGUUUUUCUAAAUAACAUAAUAUGAACCGUGGUCUAUGAAAUUUCUUCAUUAAGAUGAGCAACUCCAGGGAAAAUGCAUACAGCUACCAUGGGUUCCAAUCUGCUGGUUCCAGUUCAGAAUAUAAUGCACAAGGUUAUAAGAGUCAGUCCUUUAUUUCUGCCAGUGGUAAUGUUGGUUCUGGGUUUGGAAAAGGAGGUUCUAAAAGAAAAAUAACGGAUGGCGAGGAUGAAGAUUAUUUUAACGAUCCUUUGGAUGAUGGAGAUAAUCCCGAUGAUAUCGUUGCAGCGUGUCCUUUUCUUAGUGAAGAUGAGAAAAAGAACAUGUUACAAAAAGAGGAUGAAGAAGACGAUCCACUUGAAGCUUUUAUGGCUGGAAUACAACAAGAGGUGACCACGUUAAAUAAGAAAGCUGAGAUAACAGAAAAAGAAGAGAAGCAGAAGACGGAUCGAGGGGUCAGAGAUGACCUGGAGGAGCUUGAUAGUGAAGAGCUUUAUUACAAAUAUAUGGAUGAGAAUCCUGAUGCAGGGAAAAUGUUCCUUGAUGAUGAAGAUCCUGUGGAGUACGAUGAGGAUGGAAACCCAAUCCAGACCAUCGUUCCAAACAAGAAGAUGAUCGAUCCUCUUCCAGUGGUCUACCACUCCGAGAUCGAUUAUCCUCCUUUUGAGAAGAACUUUUACCGGGAGCACGAUGAGAUCAAAAGUUUGACAAAUGAUGGUGUGGACUCCCUGAGGAGGAGGUUGGGGAUCAAAGUUUCGGGAUUUUUUCCUCCCAAACCUGUAUCCAGUUUCGGACAUUUUGGAUUUGAUGAAAAGAUUAUAUCAGCUAUCAGAAAACACAACUUCACCCAGCCCACACCCAUACAAGCACAAGGUAUCCCAUGCGGUAUGUCGGGCAGAGAUGUCAUUGGGAUAGCUAAAACAGGAUCUGGUAAAACUGCGGCUUUUAUCUGGCCGAUGUUGGUUCAUAUUAUGGACCAACCAGAACUUAAAAAGGGAGAUGGACCAGUUGGUUUAAUUGUGGCUCCUACUCGUGAGCUGUGUCAACAAAUUUACUUUGAAUGUAAACGAUUUGGAAAGGUGUAUGGGUUACGUAGCGUGUGUUGUUAUGGGGGUGGCAACAUGCAUGAACAACAGAAGGGAUUGUCUGAUGGAUGCGAGAUUGUGGUAGCUACACCUGGUCGUAUCAUCGACCAUGUGAAGAAGAAAAACACGAACCUUCUACGAGUUACAUACCUCGUGUUUGAUGAAGCAGAUCGUAUGUUUGAGAUGGGAUUCGAAUACCAGGUUCGCUCGAUUGCGAACCAUGUGCGACCUGAUCGGCAAACUCUGCUCUUCAGCGCCACCUUCAGGAAACGAAUAGAGAGAUUAGCGAGGGAUAUUCUGACAGACCCUGUUCGUAUAAUACAGGGGGAUGUGGGGGAAGCUAAUGCCGAUGUAACACAGAUAGUUGAGGUGUUCAAGACAGCAGACAUGAAAUGGAAAUGGUUGUUACGUCGAAUCAUUCCUUUUACAAGUGAAGGGAGUUUGCUGGUUUUUGUCACCAAGAAAGCAAAUGCUGAGGAAUUAGCGACCAACCUAAUCAACGAAGGUCAUGACGUCGCACUCAUUCAUGGUGAUAUGCAACAAUAUGACAGGAAUAAUGUAAUAACAAACUUCAAGAAGAAGCAGGUGGCAACUUUAGUAGCCACAGAUGUAGCAGCCAGAGGAUUGGAUAUUCCAUUAAUACGAAACGUGAUCAAUUACGAUGUUGCUCGCGAUAUUGAUACACAUACUCAUAGAAUUGGAAGAACUGGACGUGCUGGUCAGAAAGGUACAGCUUAUACAUUAGUUACAUCAAAAGACACUUACUUUUCUGGUGACCUGGUGAGAAACUUGGAGGGUGCAGGACAACGAGUACCAGACGAUUUGUUACAACUUGCGUUGCAAAAUUCAAAAUUUCGAAAGUCCAGAUAUAAACAUGGAAGUGGAAAACAAAUUUCUAAUUUUAAGACAAGAGACCGGCCAGGAUUUGGAGCAACUGCAAGCUCUACCACAAGCACCAUGGCGUCUUUCAGAGCUGCUGCAGCGGCAGGAGUCAUGGGGGGUCGCGCUUCUUCAAUGAAAGAUUAUUUUAAGAACCAAUAUAAAUCUAACUUUGUGCAGAGCAGUGAACCUGCAGCUGCAUCCACCUGGAACAGUGGUGAUGGAUUUAAACAUCCAAACUCAAAGAGGAAGAAGAAGAGUAGAUGGGACUCGUGAAGAUAUAAAGUUCCACACUUGUACAGCAAGAAUUUUAUAAGCUGAUAUUUAGCCGCACAAGGUCGCCAAAUAAAAUAUCAUUGACUGAAAGCACACGCCAAUAAAACGAAUGCCAUGAGCUCUAAA